GGUAACAUGCCCAGGCCCCAUGUUCUAUGCGUAGCUCUGGUGAAAGCUGCAUCUAGUUGCUCUACCUGUGUACAUUAGUCCUAACUAACUGCCUUUGCUGGAUUUAAUAGAAGGGAAACUGGUAUAUUUCACGGCAUUGCAUGGAAGCUGACCAUGGUGGCUGAAAGUACAUGGCUGAAAACCUCCACAUCGUACCGGUGCUCUCAGGUGGCGAUGCAUGUGAAUUCCACCCGGCCGAGAGAAAUGGGGAAACACUUACUUUCCAGAACUCCACAGCUAAGCAAGAUCUUGGCAAUGCCAACAGCUUAUCAACAAGUGUUUGUCAAGUCUCCAGAACGUGGCCUUCCAUCCUGGGAUGGGCUGAUGCACUUUCCUGACAGGAAAUAUAAGUGGAAUAUCAUAGAUAUAGCAGAGAACCAUUUGUGUAAGAAAAGGUACUGUGAAAAUAACAAUAUGCUGAGGACUGGACACCAGGCUACACAAUUUCUACAUGCUUCAACAGCAUGGACUAACUCAGUUUUCCUGCCAGGCCAUACAGAUCUGACCAUUCAAAGCAUUUCAAAUGCCGAAGAGUACCAAAUCCAAGAAACAAAAUGUAAAGGGUACAUACCCAGUUACUUAGACAAGGACGAGCUGUGUGUGGUUUGUGGUGACAAAGCCACUGGGUAUCACUAUCGUUGCAUCACUUGUGAAGGCUGCAAGGGUUUUUUCCGAAGAACAAUUCAGAAAAAUCUUCACCCAACAUACUCCUGUAAAUAUGAAGGAAAAUGUGUGAUAGACAAAGUGACAAGAAACCAGUGCCAGGAAUGUCGCUUCAAGAAAUGCAUCUAUGUUGGCAUGGCAACCGAUUUGGUGUUGGAUGACAGCAAGAGGCUAGCAAAAAGGAAAUUGAUAGAGGAAAACCGAGAGAAGAGACGUCGGGAAGAGUUGCAGAAAACAGUUGGGAUGAAACCUGAGCCAACAGAUGAAGAGUGGGAGCUUAUAAAAAUUGUUACUGAAGCACAUGUGGCCACCAAUGCACAAGGAAGCCACUGGAAACAGAAAAGGAAAUUUCUGCCAGAGGAUAUUGGACAAGCACCAAUAGUAAAUGCCCCAGAAGGCGGGAAAGUAGAUUUAGAAGCCUUCAGCCAGUUUACAAAAAUUAUCACACCAGCAAUCACGAGAGUGGUGGAUUUUGCCAAAAAGUUGCCUAUGUUCUGUGAGCUGCCAUGUGAAGACCAGAUAAUCCUUCUGAAAGGCUGUUGCAUGGAGAUCAUGUCCCUCAGAGCAGCAGUACGUUAUGACCCUGAAAGUGAGACUUUAACAUUGAAUGGGGAGAUUGCGGUGACAAGGGGCCAACUGAAAAAUGGGGGUCUUGGCGUAGUAUCAGAUGCCAUUUUCGACCUGGGCAUGUCACUAUCAUCAUUCAACCUCGAUGACACGGAAGUUGCCCUCCUUCAAGCUGUACUGCUGAUGUCUUCAGAUCGCCCAGGUCUCGUCAGCGUCGAACGAAUAGAAAAGUGUCAAGAAGGCUUCCUCCUGGCAUUUGAACACUACAUUAAUUACAGAAAGCACCACAUUGCACACUUUUGGCCAAAACUGCUGAUGAAAGUGACGGACCUACGAAUGAUUGGAGCCUGUCACGCUAGCCGCUUCCUGCACAUGAAGGUGGAAUGCCCAACAGAACUCUUUCCCCCUUUGUUCUUGGAAGUUUUUGAGGAUUAAAAGACUGAAGAGGUUCUCAGAGUUCUUAUAGCACUACUGGGUGUCAUUUCAUUCCAUUGCCUAGUGUUUCUCCCCCCACUCAUCCACCCACCUUACCCCAUGGUCCAUUCCCAUUUUUGUUCCACCUUGUUUUUGGUUGGAGAAUUGUUUUUAAUAGGCACGAAUGAAUAUCUCCCUUCAAAGCGGGUACUUGUGACAGUUGCAUUUUUCUGUAUUUGUGUGUGUGUGUGUAUAUUUCAGUCCUUUUGAUGUGAAUCCUUGGAGAGUUUGAGAAUGAGAAUUUAAGUGAAUCAGUUUCAUCCACCAGCACUCAGGCAAUCACAAGCUCACGCUCAUUGCUGUUUGGAGAUAGAUGAUGAAGUACGAUGAUGUGUCAGAAAGGUGAAUAGAUAAUCAGAUACUAAUUUUUUUAAAAACUGCCAUAUUUUAUACAGUAUUAAGUCAAUUUCAGGAAAUGAGACAUCCUUGAUGAGGUAUUCAGAACAAUCUAACAAGUGUUAGUCCUGCCCAGGUCCAGCUGAAAUCAAAAGGAUGUGCAGUGCAAUCCUAUACACAUCUGCACAGAAAUCAGCCAUAUUGAGUUCACUGGGACAUUUCCCAGAAUUAUCUAUAUAGGAUUGCAGCCUUAGCCUUGCCUAACUUUCACUUGAUCAUGCUGAUGAUUUCUAAACUUUCUUGGUACUGCUUAAUGUCCAUUUAGGCAACGCCUUCUAUCUAUCUACCAUAAUUGCAUCAUUACUUUGAAAAAAAUCAGAUUUUUUUACACCUUUCAGUCUUCUUAAAAAUGUAGUAAAUCAACAAUACUCCAAAAUGUGGACAAAAUCUCCUAUUUGCUUCUGUUGUCCAUAUUUUAUCUGGGGCAUAAAUGUGUGGAAGGCAGGCCUGCAAGAAUACAAACUGACAGUCUGAUUCUACAUUGUACCAAGUCUCCUUAAACCAAUUUGACUUCACGUUAGAACAUAGAGAAAGAUGUCACAUUCAUCAUUCAGUGUGCUUUUUUUCUUGUUGUAACCUGAUGGCUUUGGCUUCAAUCCAUUCAUUUCUCAUUGGUGUCGAAAUCUGAUAGGCACACAGACAAUUCCAUCCCAUACACAUACAGGCUUAGUAGAGCUCGUAUGGCUUCCAGGUCUUUGGCUUUGUGCAAUUUAAAGAUUAAAGGCAAUAUUUACUCUGAAAGUGCAAAACACGUAAAUGAAACCAGAAUAGAACAAAGUACAAAAAGUGUACUAGAAAAACAUGAUAGACCACCAUUUUUAUUCCAGCACUACUGCUUUAUUCAAACAACAUGUCACAUUCUCAUAAUCACUAUGCUGGCUUACCAACCAUUUGUAGUGACUCUUUAAAAAUGAUCAUGGAUGUAUCACUGAGAUGAUGAAAUUGUCAUCUGAAUUCUCCAUAGGCCAAGGUCUGAAGAUGAUGUAUAUUAGUCAGCUAGGUAGAGAUUCGGGCCAAUGGGAUUAUAUGAAUCCAUUAUAGUAAUUAGAAAGCAAAAUUAUCCAUAAAUGGUUGAAGAUUGUACAGAUCCAGAUGCCAUUAAUUGUUUAAUUUAUUUUCUCAUGAUGAUAAUUUUGAUGCACUGGGCAGGGAGAGAUUUGUUAUUGAGGAACUAAAUAGUAACAAGGUAGAAUUAAACUGGAAUCAUGGCACCAGUGUGCUUGGAAAGCUUUAGGAGACCUAUCAUUUCCUCUUUGCUACAAAUUGUUCCCAUGUUCGUGUUGUAUAUUAGAACAGACCUCCUUCCGAGAGGGCAGACCUCAGCUAAUGUUGCUUAUUUUUUAAGACAUGAGUUGUGAACCCUCUCUUCUAUGCAUUGACAUAUCAGUAAUCCAAAGCCAAGCUCCAAGAAACUGGGGCUCCUUGCAACUAAAGAGUUUGGGGCUUUGGUUACUCUCUCAACAAUUCACAUGGCAUGUUUGUGGCAAAUUUUGCCAUUAAAAAGAGCUCAAGAAGCAGGAUGUGCUGUCACAAUGACAUCUGUUAUUUAAAGAAACAUUCCAGAGUAGAAAGCCUUGGGUACACCCAUGGACAUCUUUGGAAACUAAAGUUACAUUAUUUAUCCAUGCAAAAAACCUGUAUCCAGGUAGACUGCCACUGUGGGCCAGAUAAGAAUGGUAAAGUCCUUUUUACCCACACCUAUCUAUUAGGAAGGGAAAUCUUUUGAAUCCUCAUAUACCCAAUUAUCAUCCAAUCUGCUUUGCUGAUGUGCAUGUUCCUAUGUGUGGGCUUUACCUAAGAACAUGGCUUUGUGUUUAUUCUUACUGGGUUGGUUUCAGAUUUAGUCAUACUUAGAGCAGACACAGUGAAAUCGGUGGGACUUGUUAUAUUUUUUUUCAAUUAUUAAUUCUAGACCUGCUUAAAUCUAGAUCAGUGGUUCUCAACCUGUAGGUCCUCAGAUGUUUUGGCCUACAACUCCCAGAAAUCCCAGCCAGUUUACCAACUGUUAGGAUUUCUGGGAGUUGAAGGCCAAAACAUUUGGAGACUCACAGGUUGAGAACCUCUGAUCUAGAUUAAUCAUAAUGAUCUCAAUUAUUUAAAUAUGCCUGAUUUGUGACCUAUGUAAGUAAAUGCCAAGUCAUGUCCAAAUAUUAUUCUAGAUGAGUGGACUACUGUGGUUUUCCAGGUGUUUUGGCAUUCACUUUUAGUCAGACCUAGCUAUCUGAGCCUGUGGGGGGGGGGGGCAACUGCAGGCUCCAAACAUCUAGAGGGCCUCAGAUGACCAUCCCUCAUCCAGAGGAAGGGUUGGACAAUGCUUGAAAUGCUUUCAGAGAAACUAGAGUUUGCAUGUUGACUUCAUUAAAAAAAAUUAAGCCCAUACUUCAAAAAACUUUUGCUUAUAUUCAUAAUUUAGUGGGAGAAAAAUACAAUAUGUGAGACUGUUGAAGCAGACAUAUAAACUGUGUGCAGCAAAAUAACUUGUUGACCAAUGUCAAUGAGAAGACAGUUUUUGAUAUUUGAUACAGAGCUUUGAGAAGGCAGAUUAGAAUAUAAUAAAAGGCCUAUAUUGGGUUUAUCAAAACUUCUUUGUGGGACAUAUUUCCCCCAAAGAGUUCUGCUCAUAGGUGAAACGUUUGAUGAAGCUCUGCAGGUUGAAAAUGGUGGCUGAUUGUCCAGAUAUCACUAUAUAAAUAGUCAAUUCUCAGAGAGAGAAGUAUAGGCUCAAGGGAGAUAAUUGCAAGUUUUUGUGAGGCCCCCCAUAAAGAUAUGCAAGAUUUCAAAUAAACUUUCACUAGUUGAAGUUUUAAAAAUAUAAAAAUAUAAUUGGGUCAACUCAGGGAGCUUUCUUAAAAUGAUCAAAUGUAUAAAUUAGAUCAACAAACUACCCAGGCACAAACAUCUGUGAGCCAUCUGCCUUUUGCAAUACUAAUGACAAAUAUAUAAGUUGUAACUGACUCUCAUAGUAGCACUUCAGUUGUACUACUUUUUUUAGUAAGUAGGAGACUCAAAAUGCUACAGUAUAAGCUUCAUAAAUUUGUUCAUUACAGAUCCUGUUGAAAUAGAUGUGGCAAGAAAGAAUAGUACUCAGAGUGUGUCUAUACAACUAGCUGCUAAUAUUUCCUUAUGGAAGAUACAGAGUCAACACAGGGCUUGGGAAAAGUUUCUAUUUAGACUACAAUUUUCAGAAUUCCAAAGGCCAUGUCAGCUGAGGAUUCUGGAAAUUGAAAUCCAACAACAGCAACAAAAAUUGCAGACCGCUUCAGGCCUUUUUUCACCCUGUCAUUUUCUCCUCUCUUUAUCACUACCCCUAUUUUGAGCCAUGAUCAUAUCUUAGCUUUUGUAAUAUUUUUAGACGAUUAUGAUUAAUUUUGUGCCUGUGUGCCCAAACUCCUUUUGACUGAAAUUAAUUUGCUUGUUGCUUUCUACAGAUAUUAAUUUGGGAUAGCUAGCAAUACCAUAACCCCAAAUAUAUAACAAUCUAAUACUGAGAUUUCACUUUUCCUGUUUUUGGGGAGCUUGGUGAAUUCCAUUAAACAUUUUAGAAAAAUAGUUACUAAUUAAUGCCGUCAUUCUCUGAAUUCAGCAUUAAUUAGUACUGAUUUGGACACAAGCUCCACAAGGCAAUAUGUGUGUACAUUUAUGUGCAGAAAAUGUGUAAUAGUUAAUACAGGGAUAAUAAGGGACAAAACUGGCACAGAUUAGAGAUGUCAGAAGCGUUGAUCUGAAUUCACCCUCAGUAGUUUGCAAGCUUCAGUUCAGCUAUUUCUCUUAAAAGUUUUUGGUAUCUGCUCUAAACACCUUACUUUAAAGUAAAUAAGUUGGGAAGACCUGCAAUUGGAUUUUUCAUCUUUUUUAAAAAAAUAUUUUUAAAGCAGCUGCAGUUGUGAAGAAAAUUCAGUGAUGACCAUUAUACUUAUUAUUAUAUAAUUCAUUAUUAUGAAUUAAAGGAAGGCUUUAAUUCAUGCAAUCAAUAUUCUUGAUCUAUCCUGCUGCCCAUCUAUUUCCUCAGUAGGGAAAAAUAUUGAGAUAUUAGGUUUUUCUAACAGGGCAUGGGAACAGCAUGAGGGGAGCCUUUUUGUAUCAGACUACAGGGAUAAUCUGUUGUAAAAACUAGAGAAACACCCCUUGUUAUUUUGAUGUUGAUCAAAUCUUCCUUUUUUCAUCUCAUGGCUGCAAUCCUAUAUUCUUUCUAUAAAUGUUUAUAGGAGUGCAACCUUAAAAAAUGAAGGGGGGUGUCUGGAAAUGUCUCUUUAAUAUCUCACUUUGGCCCAGAGCAUUCACUGAAAUUAUUGAGGCUUUUUCAAAAUUGCAGUACAGAGAAUUCUAUGCAACAGUUCUUGUCAUUGAAAGAAUGAAAUGUUUGGAGUCAUAUUACACAACCCAACAAAAAGAAAUCUUGCUGUCUUGGUGUUUAUGGACUCUUCCUGGGAUUAUUUUGGGGUGCUGAUUCAGAAAAUUGCAUUGGAUAGACUUCAUCAGUUCUAGUUUCUUAGAUAUAGUUUUCAUGAUUUUCUGUGGGCAAGGAGAUGGCAACUAGUAGAUAGCAUGUGCUCAAUAUCCCAAAACCUAGACAUGAUAGGGGAAACUGGCUCCAUUUUUGUCAUCAACAGGUCAGAUUUACCCAGAAACGGCUCUAACAUUUCAGGCACCAGUGAUUGGCCAGUGAUUGGGUAUAAUACAAGUGGAGCUUCAUAGCUUUUUGUGCUGUUUCAACCACAGCUAGGUAUCUGCUCUCAGCCAACAAUUAUGGAAGCAUGUCUCAAAUUCCCAUGGACUGUUCCCAUCUUAGACAAGAAAAAGAAGUCAUUUCACACACAAGAACAUUUGUUGACACAACUUCAUAUGCUUUGUACAAUGAUAUGAUAUGUUGGUAGGCACUUAAACUGUGUUAGUCCUUUGCUAUUCGGUAUCCUGAAAACUAAACCACAAUUUAAACAAAAGUAUAAGGAAUAUAGUUGUUCAGCAAAGCAUGCUGUGCGACAGAACACUUGCUCACAAAGGUGAAUUUCUGUGAGUCAUCCAUCACAUCUCAAUAGCCAUUUUUCAUUUCUCGGAGGCUUGGAAAAUGGAAAUAUGUUCAGAUUUUAGUCACUCCAAUUUUACAUUUGUAACCUCACUGACUUUCAGUGGUUUCACUGACCAUUUACACCAGAGGGAGAAAGAGAGCAAGCAGAACUGGGACUUGUGCUUGAAUUGAAUCCUUCAGAUAUGUCUUUUUAUCACAACAAAGUUCCAAGUCCUGUUUAAAGGUGGUAUAUUAUCUGUAAGAUUUAUCAAAUCAUGGAUACUAUUUUUGAGUAGUGGACUUCAGCAUAACUGCUCAUUGUGGUAAGGCCUAUGUCCAAGAUUUAUUCUACAUGGAGUGGGUCUUUAUUACUCUCACAACAGAUCUGAGUUUUUACUCCACAACAUUAGUUCAGCUUGUUUAUGGUGCUACAUGGCUCUCAAUUUUGCUUUCUGCUCUAGGUGUAGUAGCAGUGGAAUGUUCUAAAUACGAUUUUGCUGUUCCUUAUUUUUUACAAAACGGAUAUCUCAUUUCUUAAUGUUUCUUGCUCUAAACAACAGGUAUUUAAGCUGCACUGGUUUUAUGUCUCAACCGAGUUCAGUAAUUUCUUGUCGAUGUAUUUUACAGUGAGAUGAUCCAUUUUCUAAAAGCAUUCAACAACACUGUGCCAAAAUAUAGGUGUCAGAGUUAGACCUUGGACCUUUGUGAUGAUCUUUGUGCUAUAAAAUUUCUCCAACUGCAGCACGGAAGGAAAGAAGCAAACAAAACAGGGUCACAAAGAAGGGGAUUGUUUUGCAAACCUGCUGAGUCAAUACUAUUGACCACAGGAAGAGCAUGAUGUUGCUAGUGACAAAUGUUAUGCCAUGGAACUCUUAACACGUAGGUGUCAUAUUGACGUGCUGCAUAUAAACCAUAAGCAAAAGCAACCAGUCAUGGUUUUCAGAUGUAGCCAGUGUUUGUAAGGCUAACCCUUUUUCCCUCAUCAGCAAUUAAGAGUCAAAAUCAAGGGAGAUCCAUUAAGUCUAGCUUUCACUGAAAGCCAGGGUUGUCCAUGUAAAAAGAAUUAUGACUGACAGGGUCAGCAACAUCUGGAUUUAUUUCCCAGCUCUGCUAAGGACCUAUUGAGUGACUUUGGGCGAGUCACUAUAUCUCAGCCUUAUAUUCCAGAAGAGUCCCUUGCCUCACCCAGUUGAGGUCAAUGAGACAAACAUUGUAAACACUGUGUUUUUGUUCAUGAUAUCUUAAGAAAUAAGUGUUCUUUGCCUGCCUUUUUGCAACAUUGGAAACAGCAAGACAUACAGGAGAAGCUCUGGUUUGUCCUGUUGUAAUUUUAUGCAGAUAACUAGAUUUAUCAGAUAUUUCCUUUUGAUACUACUAUGAUAUGACCCUUAUAUAAAUUUUUAUAGAAACACGACAUCCUAGAGUGGUAGAGGUUUAUUUUCCAUGUAAAAGAUUCAAAACAAAGUGAGCACAUUUAUUUUGAAAUGAAACGAUACUGCUUUUUUAAUGAAACACACCAAAAAAAUCAAUUCACAAUGACAAAAAAAGGUUUAGCCUUUCUCACAAAGUUUUUACUGUGUUGUAUAAAUGUUAGCCAAUGCAAAGUCUGCAUUGCUUGUGUGUAUUGAUCCACAUUCAAUGAUGUCGCCUUCAAAAGCAAUAUUGUGCAGGUAUUAAGCUGUUUGUGACUGUCUAUUUGCACAGUUUACCUAACUUUAAUAAAGCUAACCCUUAUUUAUGCACAAGACAAUCAAAUGUAAAUCUACAUCCCAGUGUAGAUGGAAUUGAUGUAAAUUACUGAGCACAAUGUAAAACAUUAAAAAGACACUUUAUUUAAUUUCACAACUGAACUAGUGUUAGAUAAGAACAUAUCAGGGCAUGAAUGAGUGACUCUUUCUUCCUUUUACUUUUUUUUGUUUGUUUGUUUCCUUAUGUCUCCAUUUCUAAACUCUUAAAAAUGACUUCAUUUGUUUUUCCUGCCAUAAUACUCUGUUCUUUUCGAAACUGAGAAAAACAGAUUCUGCUGGGUUUUGGACUUGGCCUUUUCAUUAUUUGUAUUCAUGCCCUGAAACUAAAAUUGGAAACUACAUGAUUUACAAAAUUACACAGGCUGAAGAUUCUGGGAUAGGAUUUUCAUUUUUUUUCCCCUUUGAAACAGUGUUAUGUGAUAUGCUAGAUGGAUAAUAUUUUUCCAGCCUAAACUAUAUUAAAAUAUGUGAUCACAAAUGUUUUAAACUAUCUGAAGAGAAAAUUUGUAUAUUUGGGGGAAGAAUAUAAUUUUUACAUAGCUUUUGUAUGCAGAUAUUAAUAUGUAAUUAUGACUAUAGUGGGCAUAGAUUACUGUGUAAGCUUGAAUUCUAAAAAGAAACAUCUUAUAACUGAA